ACUGCACAAAGUGUCAAGUGUAGGGAGAACUGUAGUUGGUGUCACUGACUAUAGAUGCUAUGCAUAUGCAGUGCACAUCCAACCAUCCAUCUAUUCGUUUCCUUGGUUGGCCUCUUUAUAAGAGCAUACUUUUCUUCCCUGGGGCCUUUUGCUAGAGCACACUGCAUAGUGCACAUAAGGAGGAGAGAGAGAGCAAAGAACAGAGUGAAGAGAGGAGAGAGAGGGCAGAGAGAGAGAGAGAGAGAGAGAGAUCAUAGAGAGAGCACAGAGAGAUAAAUUGCUCAUAGCAAAUCCAAAAGUAGAGUCCUGAAUAGCUCGCUGCAGGCAGGCAUCUUGUCUUAUUGCUUUCUUCGAUCCAUCCAUCGCCUUUUGCAUCUGCAGGGCUCCCCUCUCCUCCUACCACCAGCUAGUAGGUUUAAUGCAUGAAUGCUCCGUAGUGCAGCAGCUAGUAGCUAGCGACCGAGUAUUAGAUCAACAGUGCAGUGAAAGUGUAUACGUAGUACCACCCCAGGCCACUAGCAUCACCUCAGACCUGCAGCUUUGCGCCGCAUUAAUUAAUCAAGCUGGUUUCAGGAUGGAUCACAGCUUCAGCGACAUGAUCUUAAGCGAGAGCGCGUGGAGCGGCGGCGCUGGCGGGGACGGCGGGGCAUUCUUGCUGCCACCGGAGGUUGGCGGUGUCGAGAGAGGAAGCAUGACGGUGCUGGAGAGGCUGGUGCUGGACGAGGCCCUGGCGGCGGCGAUCCUGGAGCUGCAGGGCAUCCAGGCUCCCUGCGGCGGCAAGGUGACGGUGCCGGCGGCCGGUGGUGUCAGGGAAGCCGUCGCCUUCGCCGCGAUGGAGACACCAACUCCCGCCUACGCGGACGUUGAUGGGGAUGUCCUGCAGCGACAUCACCAUCACCAUCACCAUCAGGGCGCGAUGGGGAUGGCUGUCGACUACGACCUCACACCAGCAAAAGCUGCUGUCACGGUAACUAAUGUGCCCGCUGCGUUCACAAACGCCGCGGCAAUUGACAGCAGCAGCCUCGUUGAUGCACCCGUCUUCUCCGGCAACGAAACCGAUCCGCCAGGCGCCGUGAUAACAACUGCGGCGGCCAUGACGGCGACGACGAGCCAACAGUGUGAAGAAGGCAGAGACGGCGGCAGCGGUGGCCGAAGGAAGGGCCGGCCGAACAGGAAGCGGAAGGCCGCCGAGCCAUCCUCUGUGCCGGCACAGGAGAGCUCUCUGUGCAGCCUCCUGAUGGCGUCCACCGCCGCCGGCGAUGGCGGCGUCCAGAUCGCCUUCAGCACGAGCGCUCAGGCCUCAGCUGGCGCCAAGAGGUCGAAGCCGUCGCCGAUUUGCGGCGUGUCGAGCAUCAGCUUCGACGGCAGGAACGCCGGCGCAGGCAGCGACGACCCCACGUACGAGCCCGACACUGAGGCGCUGGCACAGGUGAAGGAGAUGAUCUACCGCGCGGCGGCGAUGCGCCCGGUGUCCCUCGGCUCGGAGGAUGCGGGCGAGCGGCCGCGCCGGCGCAACGUGCGCAUCUCGUCCGACCCACAGACGGUGGCUGCUCGGCAGCGGCGGGAGCGCAUCAGCGAGCGGCUCCACGUGCUGCAGAAGCUCGUACCCGGCGGCGCCAAGAUGGACACCGCCUCCAUGCUCGACGAGGCCGCCAACUACCUCCGUUUCCUCAAGUCCCAAGUCAGGGAGCUGCAAACCCUAGACCGCCGGAACUAUGCAAACGCCAACGUGAACAACAGCGCCACCACCAUGGCUGGGUCACUGAGCUAUAGCAAUGGCAACGGCAUGCCGGCCUUCGCCUUCCCGGCAGCAGCAGAAACCCUACGAGGAGGAGGUGGUGUUGAGCAGCUGAUUUAGAUAGAUAGAUCGAUUUGAGACAUUGAAACAUGUUGUAAUGUUUGUCAAAUGUGAGACCAUCGUUUGAUAGAUUCAUCAUUAUUAGCUCAGUGUCUAGAGAGAUGAUCGAUCAUAUCGAUGGAAUCAAUCAUGGAUUCAAAUGGCUCAGCCAAUUUAACCUCUGUUUUUUUUUAAA